UUCUUUCAGUGUGAGUGAAAUUCUUCCCCACUGUGGAGUUGUCUGCACAAGACUCUAUGCACUGCAUAGUCAGUUAAUGCAUGAUGUGCAGCUGGGACAGGCAGAUAUAAAAUGUCCAAUCACAGAGUGCAGUGAAUACCUGGAUGAAACAACUGUCCUCUACAACCUGCCACAUGAUGACAUCAUCAAGUAUAAAUACUUCCUGGAACUCAGCCGUAUUGACUCCAGCACCAAGCCAUGCCCUCAAUGCAAACACUUUACCACUUUCAGGAGGAGAGGUCACAUUCCAACCCCUACGAAAUUGGAGAACAAAUACAAAAUCCAGUGUCCAACUUGCCAGUUUGUCUGGUGUUUUAAAUGCCACUCCCCCUGGCAUGAAGGUGUUAACUGUAAAGAAUACAAAAAGGGAGACAAGCUGUUGCGUCACUGGGCCAGUGAGAUUGAACAUGGGCAAAGGAAUGCCCAGAAAUGUCCAAAAUGCAAGAUCCACAUCCAGAGAACAGAAGGGUGUGACCACAUGACCUGUUCACAAUGUAACACUAAUUUCUGUUACCGCUGUGGGGAGAGAUACCGCCAGCUCCGUUUCUUUGGAGAUCACACAUCAAACCUCAGUAUAUUUGGAUGCAAAUAUCGCUACCUCCCUGAGAGACCGCAUUUAAGGAGAUUAGUGCGAGGCUCUGUCUGUGCUGGAAAAUUACUCAUUGCACCCUUAAUACUGGUAUUGGGACUGGCACUGGGAGCUAUAGCUGUUGUAAUAGGUUUAUUUGUGUUUCCUAUCUAUUGCCUUUGUAAAAAGCAGAGGAAAAGGUCACGGACAGGUAUGCCCUGUUAAGAAUUUUUCAUGUCAAUCUACAUUCUCCUGCUUCAUAUCCAGAAAUUGCAAGUACAAGGAGGUAAAUUUACAUUUGUCUGUUUGUGCCAUCUCAUAAUAGAAUGUUUACCUUAUUGCCAGUUGUUACACAUUGUAUUUAAUCAUAUUCCCAACUCACAAACUGAUUGUUAAAGUGGCUAAAGAAGGAAAUAAUUGCAUUUGAAAUUGACCACUUGAGACAAUAUUGGUACAGUAUUACUAUUAGCUAAUGCAGUUUAGCAUGUGUAAAUAGUAUUACAUUUGGAAUUAUAGUAUAAGAAUUUUAUCAUUAUAUAAUAUUGUUCAGUUUAAUAGCAAUGGCUCCUAAAAAGAGAAUGAUCUUAGGCUAGUAUAAAUGAAUAUAACUCAAUAGACUUCAGUGAAGCUAGGCAGAUCUAUAAAAGCUGAGGAUCUGACCUCUUAUAUUUUCUGGGAAAAUUUAAAAACAAACUCCCAAUGUCUCCUUUGGCAUUUUAAAUUAAAUUUCUAAAAAAAAUUCCAAAAUUAGACAGCCCAAAAUCUUUUUUUGUCCAAUCUUGAACUGUUCAGGGCCAAAUUUCUUCUCUUUAGUGGCAAUUAAAUCAUUGAAAUACAAAAAAUAACCUAUUUUAUCUGAUAUAGAUAAGUACAAUAUAUGGUGAGAAAAUAAAAACAUUACUCCUGCUUCUAACAUGGUUCAGAACACAGGUGCUGAUCCUACUUCCAGCAAAAUCAGUGACAAAUCUUUCUCCCUUCAUAUGAAGUAGAUAGGAAUGCUGGGGCAAGAGGGAAUUUGGAUUCAUCUAGUAAGUAGUUUCUAGAAAUUUUAAAAUGAAAAGAUGCACGCAUGACUAGGACUCUAAUAUGUCUCUUAGCUAGUCAACAGAGAGAGAAACGUAAAGGCCAUUACAAAUUGGAAAAGUGAGUAUAAUAUUAACACUUGCUUUUCAGUUUUGGUUUAGUGUUUGGUUUGUAUUGUGUAUUGACAGCAUGUUUUUAUUAACCUAUGUUAGUGCCUUAUUGCUUGAAUCAGUUGAGUUUUCCUUUAUAAAAAAGCCAUAUAGGAAGUAGUGACAAGUUGAUUGCUAUAUAUAGACAUCUUUAGGCCAAAAGUCUUUUAUUCUGAAACAGGGAUAUUGCAACAUAAUACAUUUUAGGAACAAGAAAGGUACUCUCAUCUGUUUAAUUUUGCUUGAUCUUAAUCCUGUCUUUCUGUUUUUUAAACUACUAUUCACCCCCCCCCUUCCAGAAAUGCAUCUAAAUAUAUGUUGUCAGUGUUCUUUUUGUCUUCUAAUAAAAGUACCUGUCGGUUUUGACAAAACCUUUCAGGCCAAAUUUUAGAUGAGAGAGAGUGGUGGAGCCAGGUUUACAACCUUGGAGGGCAGUGGGUCAUUUGUGGAGACUCCCUGUUCGAUGGGUGUACUCCUUCUCUGUAGCUGCAUCCUCUUUGCCCUGCCAAGGGAGUACCUACUUCCUGCAGCUGCACCCUCCAUCCCAGCACCAGAACCCUAAUCCUGGUGCAAUGCAGGAAGGAGGCCUUGGGGAUGGAGGCAGGGGAGGGCUGGAGAGCAAGCCUGCCCCACACUCACAUAGCAGUGGUGGCUCCUGACCCACAGGGCUGAGCCUAGCUCUCUACUCUGGGUAUUACAACCUAGCACACAGGUCAUCAGAGCACCAUUUAGGUUUGGCCUGGUCACCUUUUCAUCACGACAGACGGGCAGCCAGGCCAAAUUUGAAUGAGUGUCAUUGUGAUGUGGCACACGGGGUUGCUAUACCACUUGAACCUGUGUGCCAUGUUGCAAUUCCUGAAAUGGCCAACCAGGCCCAGCCACAUGGGACAGGAGCAGAUGCUGCUGGGUGAGUUUGGGGUGGGCUUGCAGUGUCUGUGGCAUCCAAGGAUGCUUGAAGAGACAUCCUGGCUAAUAUUUGACCCUCCAUGAUGAUGGGCUGAAACUUUUCCCUCUGAAAAUGUUGUCAUACACCUCCUUUUGUCAGUUACAUAAUAUGCUUGAAAAGACACCACACAGACACCUAAAGACCCAUGGGGGAGGGAGGGGCAGUUGCCCCCUACCCCUCUAUUAGUUCUGCUACUUAUUUUUGUGUGAAGAGACUUGAAUUAAUUUGAAACAGAUACAGGCCAUACUGAGUAAGCAACAUUAGUUGUCCCUCUGUCUCAAAAAGGAGGAUGUGAUUCCUCCCUUCUGUGAGAAUAUUGGGUGAAGUCCCGGCUCCUACUGACUUCAUUGAAGGCCAGGAUUUCCCCACUAUAUUCUAGAUCGUGUGAAGUACUUACAUAUGUACCAUAAAAAGUUACUGAUCCCUUUUUUUGUCUCUUUCCUCAAAUCUGGUGUCAGAAUAAGGAUUAUAUUCUGUUUCUGAAUUUUUGUAGAUUCUUCUGAACUGUUGAAAAUCUAAAAAAAAAUUAGACCAAUAAAAUGUCAAUUGUCAAAAGAAAAUUACUGUAGGCAAACUGAUUUUUAGAUGAAAACUGAUGCUUGUUUUGGAAAAUUAUUUCUUCAUGAAACUAUGGUCAUAAAUAGGCUUCCUUUAUAAACUGUUUUCUACACUCUGUUAGUUUGACCAAAAAUAAGGUUGUGGGGAUUUUGUUCCUGUUACUGAAAUUUCUGAAUUAUAGAAUUCUGGAAUAUGUUUCAUCCAGUGCAGUUAGCUUAAAUUACAGUAAGGAAAAUAUUUGAAGAAAUUAUUAUUCCCACCUGCAGUUUGACUUUUUUAUAAAGAAACAUACAAGUACUUCACUAGGAUUCAGUCAGACACGCUACAAUUCUGAAGUUACUAAGAACAGGGAAUUUGACUGAGAGUCUCAUUUCAGUGAGACUUAUUGAAUUGCCAUAACCCUUGUUGAUACCCUCUCAUACCAAUAGCUUUAUUCUUGUAUUAUCUUAAAUUUAUCAGAAUUAAGUACUCUACAGCCUACUGAAUGAGAGAUCAUGUAUCAUAAGACUUCAGCUAUCAUAAGAGAAACAUGCAGUAUUUGUGUAACAAAUUGUUCCCUCAAAAGCACAUUCCUCUCUGUUUCCAUGCAAAAUACUGAAAGAUAAUGGACAAUUCUUCCCUUGUGUUUCUAUUUGAAAAUUACAUUAUACAGCAAAAUUAUUUAAGAUAACAUUUUAGCAAGAGUGAUUGUGUCUAUACUAAAUUUGUGAAUGUUAAUCUAAACAUCUCUAUGCUACAGUAAUUUGACAAAAAAAAUCUCAAUAGAUGAUUUUAAGCAGUAUUUUUUUUACUAAUCUACCUUCUAGACUGAUACUUUAGAAUUAUAUCAAUGGCUAUUACUGCAUAUGCUCCCUCCAUUAUUGCUUCAGUUUGUGUCAAUGUUUUGUAACGAAUAUUUUUUUGCUCUCCUUUUGAGUGCCUUUUGUUUUAGGUGGCCUAUAGACAAUGUUUGUCCUCUAUCAUCCUCUGUACAAUCUGCCAUAGUAGUGUCUGACUAAACUUGUUCUAAUGAAUGUAUAACUAAUAAUUAAAAAUGAAUCCUGUUCUUCAAAAACAUUUAAACACAGGUUGUAUAUGCACAUGUACAAAAACAUGGAAACAAGGAAAAGCGUCAUCCUGCUGGACAGGACCUUUUGAAAUUAAGUGAAAUUUUUAACAGUUUAUUUUCAAAAUGGUACCUCACUAAUAUUCAUGUAUAAGUAUGUCAUUGUACUGUUCCACUUUGCUAAAUCCAAUCACACUUACUGUAGGCAUUUUCAGUAAAGAGUGUCCAGUGAAUUUGGUGUAUAUCCUGUGGGUGAAGUUCAUAAAUCAGAAGCUUAGGGUGCUUCAGUGCUUUUGAAUGCAUCCCUUUGACUUUCAUCAUAUUCUAAUAUCCCUUAUUUAUGAGGAAUUAAAAGGAAAUUUCCUCAUGAUGAAAUUGGAGGAUGUUAUAAAAAGAAUCUGAAUGCACUUCACCUGUUCUAGACCUAAUCUUGGGAAACCGUGUUCUGAGUGUGUUAACAUAUGGAUUGUGUGAAAGUAUACACAGUGGAGUUUUUCUUUACUUGCAUGCUGAGGGUCGUACAGUGUCAUCUAGUAAUGUCUACCUAAUAAAGUUUUGGAGAAGAAAAAGCUA